AUGACCUCCAAUCCAAGCUUGAGGUGGCAAAAGCUACAUGAUGUUUUCUACAGCCAUGUGACAGUGUAUGAGUCGUUGAAUUGGUCUGUUGAUAACUUAUACCUCAAUUUCAAAGUGUCCAUAUCACCAAACGGAACACUAAUAGCUUUAGCCUCCAAAUUCGUUCCACAUCCUAAUGUUAUAGAUAUCUACUCUAUAAACGGUAAUAAGAUAUGGACAGUUGUAUACAACAGCCGUCCAGAGGAGCAUAUAGUGGAUUUUCACUUCCGAGAUGAAGAAUUGUGUCUUGUAUUGAGUAACAGAAAAAUCCGUUAUUACCAUGAUUUCAAGGGUAGUUUCGAGGAGUAUGAUUUCACAAAAGAAGCCAUCAAGUUGGAUAAUAUCGGAGAUUCAAUUGCCAAAGAUGAUCCUACUGGUGAAAAUGUUGUCAUCACUAACUUGGAAAAUAAUGAGAUAGAAGAAGUCUACAGGAUAUUAGACAGUAAGAUCUGGAGGGAUUUCUUAAUAUUGAGAUUGCAGAAUAGAUUUGUGGUGAUUAAUCUUACUCAAUUGAAAACUUAUGAAAUAAGUUUGGAAGGGUAUGAUUCGAGCAAGAUCAAUUCAUUUGAAGCUAUUCAUGAGAAUGAGAACAACAGUCAAUUUGUGCUUUUAUUCAGUUACGACAAGACAAUAAUUUCAAGCCACAUUGAUAUUAAUAGUAUGACUUUCAAGUUUAUUGAUAAUAUGUUGACUGAUGGACCUUUUAAUCAAAUCUUACCUUCUCCUAAUGGCAAAUUGAUCUCUUUGGUGAAUAAUAAGAUUUACGUGAUUAAUAAUAAAUUCACAAACAUAUUGCUUGAAUACAAUUUAUUGAACGAAUCACAUUUGCCUUAUCAAAUUGCCUGGUGCAGCAAUGAUGCAAUCUGCAUUUCAUUAAAGGAUGAGAUAAAAUUAAUAGGUCCUAACCAGAAUUCUGUUUCAUUUUUUUACGACAUUGACGAGGAAGAAGAAGAUUUCGAUAUAGAUUUGAUUUUAAAUGACACUACUACUACUGAUGGUGAUCUAUCUUUUACCAUCCCCAUUUUGUUGACUCAGUCUGAUGGGUUGAAAAUAAUAACUUCAUCAUCAGUGGAAUUCAUAAACAAAGUUCCAGACUCCCAGAUAAAUUUGUAUCAAAUUGGUUCAUCAUCCUCAUCAAGUAUUCUAUUGGACUGUAUCGAUAAGCUUUCAAAUCAUGCUUCAAAAGCAGAUACAAAUAUAUCAUUGUUGAAAUCUGACAAUUCUCUAGAAAGUGCUAUUACUGAGUGCCUUGAAGUUGUGCUCGAGGAGUUUGAUCAAACAUGGCAAAAGAAAAUUUUAAGAGCUGUUUCGUUCGGGAAAACAUAUUUCGGAGAUGAUGGUUUGAACUCAUACGAUUCUUCUCAUUAUUUGAAAACUAUAAAUCUAGUCAAAAUCUUAAAUCAGAUAAAGACCUUAGAUUUUGGCAUUUUCCUCACGUAUGGUGAAUUACUUAAUAUUGGAUGGGAGAGUUUCUUUAAAAUGUUGUUAAACAGAGACCAAUACUUAUUGUCAUUGAAAAUAAUGGAUUUGUUACAUCUCAACCAAUUCAAAGACAUGGUAUAUAUCCACUGGUGCUGUUAUAAGGUUAGGAAAGAGAUGAAUUUGUCUGAUGCAGAAUUAUUAAAAAUCAUUUCGAACAAACUUUAUUCUUUCUCAAACUCCAAUGAGAUUCCUGAUGCAAAGAAGAGAAAUUAUGUAUCAGUUGAACAGAUAACAGAUGCGGCAUAUGAAGAAGGCAGAAUAACGCUAUGCAAGUUGUUGAUCGACUUUGAACCUUCAAUUCAAAAGAAAAUAAGUCAAUACUUCAAGUAUGAUGAAACUGAACUAGGCCUAAUCAAAGCUUUUCAAACAGGUGAGUAUGACCUAAUCAAGUUUAUCUUGCUUCACCUUCAAAAGGAAUUAUCAAUUUCACAAUUCUUCAAAGUUUUGAAUCAAAAUGAAAUCAAGAACGAAUUGAAGAGCUUAGUAGAAAAUAAAGGAGCCUUUCCUAUAACGGGUGACUUGAUUGGUCAUUUUUGGUUACAGAGCAUCGGGAAGCAACAUUCCAAGCUAAUGGAAACGUAUUUUAUACAACAAGAUAAAACUCAAGAAUUAGGAAUUUCAAGGAUCAAGUCUUUCCUAAAGAAGAAUCAAUCUAAAAGCAACGAUACUUACUAUGCAGAUUACAAAUCCAGGUUACUCAAAUCGAUAAGUAGGGUUGGAAUGAGAAGGAUGAAUAAAAUAUAUCAAAGAGAACUUGAAGUAUUGGAAUUACAGAAGAAGUUAGGGGAGACUUACAUGACAAAUUUUUUCCUAGAGAAAUCAUUGAAUGAUAUUUUGAUCAAACUCAUCAAAAUGAACCAGAUCAAAGCGUGCAAGUCAAUUAUUAAGGACUUCAAUAUUGCGUCGGAAAAGCUUUGGAUUCUUGUUUUGAAUACCUAUACCAGCUCCAAGGACUUUGACAAGUUAUAUCAAUUUGCAAUUGGCCUGAAGACAGCAAAUUUGACUCCCAAAUCACCUAUAGGGUUUAAGCCAUUCGUUGAUGCAGGGUUCAAGUUUAAUGCACCAAAAAGUCAUAUUUCCGAAUACAUUAAAAAUUGCACAAACUUGAAGUAUUCGGAGAGAAUAGAGCUAUUCAUUAAGAACAAUGAUUUAGAAUCAGCUGCUAAUGAAGCAUUCAAAAAUAGAGAUGUUGAUAGGUUGAGACGAAUGAUGGAAACUCUUGGUGGUGAAGAUGAAAGGCUUAUUGUAUUGUUAAAGGGCUAUAUAACCAAAUUGGGUUAUUAG